CCCACCUUCCCACAAUGCAAACGUUUUCCGUCCUCUUUCUCUUGCGUUUGUAAAGGCCCAAGUUAGCCAUGAAGACUAUUCUGGCCAGCAGGAACGUAGAAAUCCCUGAGGGGGUGGAAGUAUCGGUCAAGGCCCGUACUGUGACGGUCAAGGGACCGCGUGGGACUCUUGUGCGGACAUUCAAGCAUCUCAAGGUGGAGAUCCGUUGUCUUUCCAAGACCAAGCUACAAGUCAUCAAGUGGUUUGGAAGCCGCAAGGAGCUGGCCUGUGUCCGAACUCUCUGCUCUCACAUCGAGAACAUGAUCAAGGGAGUCACUAUGGGUUACCGCUACAAGAUGAGGUCUGUGUACGCUCACUUCCCCAUCAACGUCAACAUCAAGAAUGAGGGAACCCAGGUAGAGAUCAGGAAUUUCUUGGGAGAGAAGUUCAUCAGGAAGGUGGAUAUGAAGGAAGGAGUCACCUGUACCACGUCCACCAAGCAGAAGGAUGAGAUCAUCCUUGAUGGCAACGAUGUCGAGCUCGUCUCACAAUGUGCUGCUCUCAUCCAGCAAUCCACCACCGUAAAGAACAAGGACAUCAGGAAAUUCUUGGAUGGCGUCUACGUCUCAGAGAAGACCACAAUCCAAACAGUUGAUGCAUGAACACGAUCGCUGCGGGCAGGGGAGUCUCAAAAAAUGGAAAAAUGUUGACCUACACUGUGUAAAUGUAAAAUAAAAGAUCUGACAUAGUCUUGCAUCGUGCAGAGUUUACAAACCAA